GUGGACAGGAUAUCGUAAAAUUCGGUGCCAUGUUGAUCGUGGAACCAUCUGACGAAUUAGUCCUCGAGGGACCAUUCAAUCGUGCCGUUAGCAAGAAAAUUAUGGUAUACAAUCCAAGCAAGCAGAAGCGCAUUGCGUUCAAAUUGAAAACAACAACGCCGCGCUUGUUCUUUGUGCGCCCCAAUGUGGGUCUGGUCAAGCCCGAAGAGAGGGUUGCCAUUGAUAUCUUCGUCCAUCCGAUUUCCAAUGAUAUCUAUGCCCACCGCCAUAAGUUCAUGAUGCAGGCCGUCGAUGCCAGUGAUCAGAUUGGGGACUUGCACGAGUUCUGGAAGAAUAUCAGUCCGACAAGCAUCUGGGAUACCAAACUCAAAGUCAAAUUGAUUGAUAGCCAGAUGGAUGGCCUGCAAAAGAUUCAUACAGAUAAUUCUUUGGGUAACGGGGAGCAUCAAAAGGAUAACAUGGACUCAAUCACACAUCUAAAGGAUAAGGUGAAUGUGCUGGAAGAGGAUCGCCUACAUUUGAUACAACAGGUCGAGAUCAUCACCAGGCAGAAGGACGAGGAGCGCGAGCUGCUGGCCAUGAAGCUGCAGAAACAGAAAGGCAAUGGUUUCUGGAUGUUCAUGGCGACAGUUGCUGUUGUGCUAGCUGCCCUAAUAGGUGGUUGGGUCGCCAAAAAAUUCAUGUAAAACGUUAGUGAACACACACACAUUCACAUUAUGUAUGAUAUUAAAGCAAUGCACACAUUAAAUAAAACGGACAAGCGCCAAUUUGUUGAGGCAUUCAAAAUGCAAUAAUUAUGCAACA